AUGGAAGGUGCGGUAGCAUCGAAUUCCAGGAAGUCAAAGAGCGGAGAAGGCUCAUCACUAGUCACUCCACAACGCGCUGCCCGGGUGAUUAUUUCAAUAAGCAUUGCAGCUGCGUCAACUCGGUUCAGAAUUCUCUGGGCGGUUUCAGAGGCUACCAUCGCCAGUGUCACCAUCGAUUUCUUCUUCUCCGACACCGGUCUGCUUCUCAGUAAUGGUAAGCGUGGUGAGAUGAGCCACGGAACCGCUGAGGUCGUUGCCACUGACCUGGCUCGAGAGUAA